AUGGAGAACGAGCCUGGAAUAGUGUCUCCUUUCAAACGAGUCUUCCUGAAGGGCGAAAAAGGUCGGGAUAAAAAAGCCCAGGAGAAGGUUACGGAGAGACGGCCCCUGCACACGGUGGUGGUGUCCCUGCCCGACCGCGUUGAACCCGACGUGCUGCUGAACGACUACAUCGAGAAAGAAGUGAAGUAUUUAGGUCAACUCACAUCCAUCCCAGGGUACCUGAAUCCCUCCAGCCGCACGGAAAUCCUGCAUCUGAUCGAUAACGCCAAGCGAGCGCAUCAGCUCCCGGGGCAGCUGACCCAAGAACACGAUGCUGUCAUCAGCCUCUCUGCCUACAACAUCAAGCUGGUAUGGCGGGAUGGAGAAGAUCUCAUCCUCAGGGUCCCCAUCCACGACAUCGCCUCCGUUUCCUACAUCCGAGACGACUCCUCUCACUUGGUCGUGCUGAAAACAGCUCAGGAUCCCGGGAUCUCCCCGAGCCAGAGUCUCUGUGCCGAGAGCUCCAAAGCCCUGACCUCGGGCUCGCUGUCCGAGAGCGGAGUGGUUCCUGUCGAAGCUUGUUGCUUGGUGAUCCUGGCUACGGAGAACAAAGUGACGGCCGAGGAGCUGUGCUCGCUCCUCAGCCAAGUCUUCCAGAUCGUUUACACCGAGUCCACCAUAGACUUCCUGGACAGAGCGAUCUUCGACGGGGCCUCCACGCCGACGCGGCACAUGUCCUUACACAGCG